AUGGCGGCCCCUUCUUCGGGACGACAGAGUCGGACUCUUUGUACUUUCUACGAGAAGGGGUCUUGCAGAUACGGAGCCAGCUGCCGCUUCACCCACGGCACCUCAGACAGCCGUGAGCUAAGAGCGGAUGGUGCCGCUGGCGAGACACAAACGCCAAGACAAGCGAGACCGACGGCUUCGACGAGCUCCAAGGAACCGUGCAGGUUCUUCGCGAAAGGCAAAUGCGUCAGGGGCGCCAGCUGCCGUUUCCUUCACUCCGCCACCGGCUCAGACGACUCCUCCCCUGCCGCCGCGGGCGAUGGAGACGAAACGGGCCGCCGCCCUCGCAGCAGCAGCGGCAAGGCCACCCCCAACGGUGGCUGCGCAGAGGGGGACGAGGACAGAGGACGGACUGUGACCACCGCGAAACGCCCGGCUCGUCCUUGCCCUUCGCCCGGCCGUAAGCCCUCCUCCGCCCCCGCCGCUGCGGUUGCUGGAGACUCGCGGGUGAGGCCGGAAGGCGUUUGCGUGAAGCGGGGUUAUGCCGGGUGUUCCUCGUCGAAAAGGAGUGGUGGUAGCAGCGGUGGCGACGAGGUGGCCAGGAGACUGCAGCGGUCGUGGACCGACAUCGUCACCAAGGAUGUCCCGAUGGACGCCGGUGGCGGCACCGCGAGCCCCGCCAGCACCGCCAUCACCGAGAGCGGAAGCAGUAGCGAGGAGAACGACAAUGACGCCGAAGAACCCAUCGCGCCGGCCCGGCGUAAGUUGGCUGCGAACGCGGCCGACAAGAGAGAUAGAAACACCGCUCGAGCAGCCGCCGCCGCCGCCGCCGCGGACACCUCCGCUCCCGCGCCCGGCGCCGCCGCCCCGUUGGACCAGCGUCGGACGCAGCCCGCCGGAGGAAGUGAUAGUGGCGAAAGCGACGGGAAGGGUAAGCAGGCGAAGCAGGCGUGCGUGUUCUUCGCUCGCGGGCGGUGUAGGUACGGGGACCGCUGCAGGUUCUCCCACGAUGCCGUCGAGGAAACGCCGGCAGCAGGAGGGGGGGCGCGGGGAAGCCAUGGCGGCGGCGGCUCUGCGGGGAGGAAGGAAAAGAGGGGCGUGGCGAGCGAGCCAUCAUCCCACGAGAGCGAGGGCUUCGGCGAGGACGAGGUGGCCGCUAGGGAAGCGGCCCUCGACGAGGCGGAGAAGAUUCAGUCUCGAAGCGCGGAGUGCGGCAUCUGCCUCGAAAAGGUGCGAAAGCUUGGGAAGGUGAAGGACAGGGUCUUCGGCAUCCUCGUGAGCUGCAGGCACGUCUACUGCCUCGGCUGCAUUCGGGAGUGGCGAGACAAGAGCGACAACCACGCGUGCCCGGAGUGCGGCCUUACCUCGUCGCUCGUGAUACCGAGCAAGACUCUCGUGACGGACCCCGAUAGAAAAAAACGCCUGGCGUUGGAACUCCGUCAGUCUCCAAGGGGCACGCCUUCCGUCCGCCGUCUCUAA